ACUCGUCCGUCGACCGGCCGUAGUGUCGCUUGUGUGUACAUUGCCACCCGCGGCGCCACUAUUCUACGAAAGUCGCGAUGUGCCAAUAUCUGACUCGGACAUAGUAUACAGAUGAGAUGAAACGAUAAAAUAUCACGAUAUAACGAACAGUGUAUAUGAUGGCUACAAAAUUUCGACGCUGUGUUUGUUUAUUUUACUAUAUUUUUAAUAUUGUGUAUAGUUUUAAUCUAGAACCAAGGAUUCCAGUGAUAAAGUACGGGGAGGCGGGAUCUUAUUUUGGAUUUUCUGUUGCUGAACAUCUUACUUUUAACAGCGAUGGAAGUAAAACCAGUUGGUUGCUGGUGGGUGCGCCAUUGGGAAAAAACUUACAACCUAACAUUACUAAAUCCGGAGCACUGUUUAAAUGCGGCCUAACAUCGGCGGACUGGGAUUGUGAACAGGUCAUCACAGAUGGAAAGAGCACGAAGUACGGCAAAAUAGUCCCGAAUCCAGAUGGAUACAACCUUACGGAACCACAUUCUGAUGAACAGAAGAAAGGACAAUGGCUUGGGGUCUCAGUACGCAGUCAGGGCCCAGGAAAAAAAGCUGUUGUUUGCGCCCAUAGGUACAUUCGAAAAGUUCUCGAAGCGCAAUAUGGGCAAGGUCUAUGCUAUACGUUGACAAAUGAACUCAAACUAAUCGACGCGUGGGAGCCAUGCCGAGGCAGACCAGUAGUAAGAGAACACGAAGAAUAUGGGUAUUGUCAAGCUGGUACAAGCAGUUCUUUGUUGGAAGACGAUACUUUGGUUAUGGGCAGUCCUGGUCCUUAUACUUGGAGAGGCACCUUAUUCGUGUCUGAUGCCAAGGAUGACCUCCUUGAAAGAGACAAUACAGUCUACUUGGCACCUGUGGAAGACGGUCAAAGUCCUGUGGAGAAAUACAGUUAUUUAGGUAUGUCAGUGGUAGGUGCCAAAUUUUUUGACAAAUCCAAAUCAUCAUACGCAGCAGGCGCUCCACGAUCUCGUGGUACUGGUCAAGUUGUUUUCUUCAGUAAACGUGAAAUACAGAAUUGGACAUUAACUAACGUCGAUUUCCUCGGACAGAAAGGAAUUAUCGAUGGAGAACAAUUUGGUUCUAGUUUUGGCUACGAAGUCUCUGCUGCAGAUGUCAAUGGAGACGGAUUACCAGACCUGUUAGUAGGAGCUCCAUUCUAUUUUUCUCGUGAUACUGGUGGAGCUGUCUAUCUGUACCUUAAUAGACAAUACACUUUCAAUUCUACGUAUGAUGUUAAACUAACCGGCGCACCGGAGUCGCAGUUUGGUAUCUCUAUAGCAAACGCUGGAGACUUAAACAAAGAUGGAUGUGAAGAUAUUGCUAUUGGUAGUCCUUAUGCGGGCAAUGGAGAAGUGUAUAUUUACUUGGGAGAUAGAAAGAAUGGUCUGAAUACAAAGCCUGAUCAAAUAAUAAAAGCAGAAGAUUUACCAAGACAUAUGAAAACUUUUGGAUACUCUCUCUCAGGUGGAACAGAUUUGGAUGGUAAUGGAUAUCCAGAUUUGCUGAUUGGCGCAUACGAAAAUAGCAGCGUCGCACUAAUUCGAACAAGACCAAUCAUCGACAUUAAGACUUGGGUUGUUCCAUCGAAGAUUGUGAAUAUUGAUCCAGCAUUGCAAAGCUGUGAAAUAGAUCCCGAUUCAAAUAAUACUUGUUUUUACUUCCAAGCAUGCUGCGUUAUCAAAUCUUUAGUGGAAUCUAUUGAAAGUAACACACAUAGAUUAAAUUAUGUGAUAGAAGCGGAAACAUUCGCGAAUGAAAGGAAAUUCUCUAGAGUGUUCUUUGAUUCUAAUAAUAAAAAUAUAGUAAACAAUACUAUAACAUUGGGCAAAAACGUAGAACAUUGUACUGAACAUGUUGCAUAUCUGAAAAACAAUACUAGAGAUAUACAGACACCAAUUAGGAUUCGUCUCACGUACAUGCUAGAGCAUGUGCAGCCGCAAUAUUCCACGUUUGGUUCGUUGCCGAACAUUGACGAGUAUCCCGUACUGAACGCUACUGCUACCACUACAUUUAGUGCUAGUUUCCUUAACGAUUGUGGUGAGGACGGCGUAUGCAUCAGCGACCUCGUUGUAAUACCUGUUCUACUUAACGCUGAUGAUAAGUCAUCUACAUUAAUACUGGGUGAAGAAGAGGAAAUAAAACUAGCGAUCGACGUGAACAAUUACGGAGACUCAGCAUACGAAGCACAACUGUUUGUACAACAUAGUCCCAACUUGCAUUACAUAGCUGCCAAUAUUACUGACAAACGUUUAAUCUGCGGUAGUGUAAAUAAAACCAUUGUAUCGUGUAUGCUGGAGAAUCCGUUCAAGCAACAACCGAUUGGCACGCCACCUAUUGUUUUGCGGUUCGACACUCGUAUGUUGGAGGACAACGACCCUUCAGUUUCUUUCACUGUCUGGGCAAACUCCACUUCCAAAGAAUUACACCCACACAAAAUCCCAGUAGAAGUAAAAGCUGUAGUUAAAAAGAAUGCCGAAUUGACGAUCCGUGGUGUUGCCGUUCCUGAACAUGUAUUCUACGGUGGAGCGAUUAAGGGAGAGUCGGCCAUGAAAUAUUUUGACGACAUAGGGCCUGCCGUUGUUCACAAAUAUCAGGUGACUAAUGAAGGUCGAUGGCGAGUGUCAUCGGUUCAAGUGCACAUAGAGUGGCCUCACCAAAUGCAGUCCAAUGAAAAACAAGGCAAGUGGCUGCUCUAUCCGGAGGAAAUCGCUGCUAUCGACGAUGAUUCUGGACACGUGCAUGGUAGAUGUUUUGCACAGGAAUCUGAAUUGAAUCCCUUAAAUCUGACAAUGAGAGCGGAGAGUCCUUUAGAAAAUCUAGAGAUGGACCCGAUGUUAAAGUUCAAAAAAUUAGAAGAGAACAGUGAGAAAAAAUAUAAUCAAACGAAAAAAGCAUAUUCAUAUUCUAGCGCUGUGGACAAUAGAGUAAGGAGAAGAAGAGAUGCUGAUAUUGUGGCUACAGCUGAAGCGUACAACGGAAAUGAUGUACAACGAAAAAACAUUAAGACAAUAAGCUGUAAUGAUAAGAAGACAGCAAAAUGUUUGAUAUUCCAAUGCAUUAUAUAUCCUCUGGAGAGAAAGCAAGAGGUUUCUAUAACUAUAAAGGCGAGACUGUGGAAUUCAACUCUAGUGGCAGAAUAUUCACAAUACAGUCAUGUUUCUAUCUUCUCUACAGCUUCGAUAGAUAUACCUGAUCAUUAUAAUAUUCAUCAAGUCAGAAGUGACAACAAGGCUACUGUGGAAACGGUAUCAUAUCCAGCACUGGAAAAAAUUAAGUCAAAUGACGUCCCAUUGUGGGUAAUUAUAAUAUCCGUACUCAUCGGAUUAAUAGUUCUUAUCCUAGUUAUUUUAUUAUUAUGGAAGUGUGGCUUCUUCAAGCGCAGUCGGCCGGAUCCCACACUCUCGGGCAACUUGGAGAAGAAUAAUCAUGAAGCGAGUCCAUUAUUUAUUCGAAAUAGUUAGAAUUUAUUCAUGAUUAUGCUGAGAACGUUAUGUACUUAUUCCGUUAUCUCGAACUAAUAUGUACCAUUGUUUUUAUUUGGACGAGAUAUACGUAUGAAUAUGCUUUUUAGCAAUUUGUACCUACAUAUGUAAUUUGCCAGAUUAUGUAUUUGUUAUUAAAAUUUAAUGGUGCAUAAAAAUUAAGACUAGUGUAUAGAUAACUACUGAGUACAUAACGGAAUAUUGUACAUAAGAUUAUAAAAUUAUUAGGCAUUUUUGUUAGGGGACGUAUUUUAACAUGUACUUAUACCUAAAUAAAUACAUGUAUGUAUGAUAAAGACUGUUUACACUAAAGUUGACUACACUAAUAUGUGUAUUGGAUGAAAAAUAGGAAUUCUUUGAAUUGUAUCCUAUGUUCCAUUAAAUAUUUAUAUGUAGUACCUAGAUUCCAUUAUGUAAAAUAAUACAUAUAUUUUUGGGUAAAUUCACCCACGAGAAAACAGCCCCUAAUGAAAUCGAUAUGUAAGUAAGAGUAAGUAGAAAUUAAAUUAUAUUAAUACAUAUUUGACUGUGAUGUCUUCAUAGAGGAAAUAGAACGAGUAGGUAUGUGAUGUUAUAAACGGUAUAGCUUGUUUUGUUGAGUUCUUGAUACGAUGAAUUGUAUUGUUUUAUAAUUGCAUUUUUGUGACGAUUUAAUAACUGAUAUGAAAGUUAUUAUGACAUUAUUUAAAAUUUAUUGAGAUUUAAAUAUUCAAUCGACUUCAUAAAAAAAAUUUUUUUGAGUGAUUUUUAUGUAGAUAUUAUGCGAC